AUGCCAUUAGUUAUCAAUACCGCUCCAGUUGAAUUAACAACCACUGAAGGUUAUGAAGAAUUUAUCAAAUCACCAUUAUGUAAUGAACAUUCAACUAUUUUCCCAGAUGAAUCAAGUGAUGAAGGUUACGUCUAUGUUGACAAUGAAAUAGUUGCUGUUGUUAGAGGUGAAGCUAGAGAUUCAUUAUUCAGUUAUACAAAAUCAAAUAUUGCAAGAAAUGAUGCUGAAGCUGUUGCUCUGAAAACCAAUUAA